AUGAUGGGCUUCGACGGCGGACCGUCUCAGCCGGGCGCGGACGGCCCGAUCGGGUUCGUCGUGACGCCGAACGCGGGGGGCCCCACCGGGCCCGACUCGGGGUCCAAGUCUGGGUACCGGGGGGUGCGGCAGCGCCCGUGGGGCAAGUGGGCCGCGGAGAUCCGUGACCCCACGCGCGCGGCGCGGCGAUGGCUCGGCACGUACGACUCGCCGGCGCAGGCGGCGAUGGCGUACGACGCGGCAGCGCUGGCGAUUCGCGGGCCGAACGCACGGACGAACUUCUACUACCCGGACAUCCAGGCGAAGCAGGGCAACCCGCAGAACAAGCCCGUCGCGAAGCUGAAGGAGUCGGACGCGCAGACCGCGCUUGCCGCCGCGGGUUUGCCUGCAAUUGCGUUCAACGAUGCCGAGCCCACGAUGACCGCCGUGCACGCGCCUGCAGCGUCUGCGGGGAUCCCGACGCCGACAGCGGCUGUGGCCCAGGACGGCCGGCGGCCGGGGCGGCCGGGGCGCGCGGACGCGCCGGGGUCGGGGUAUCCAGGGGAGCUGGUCAUCGAGCGGGACGGGAACUUGGCGGAAGAGCUCGGGCAGAGCCUGGACAUGCCGGAGGACGCGCUGGCGGCGCUGCACGAACGGAUGAGGUUGUGGGACGAGGAGCAGACGGUGGGGGCGCUGCACCUGCACAGCAGCGACGAGGAGGACGGCGGGGCGGUGCGCGGCGCCGCUGGGCCUCUGGACGUCUUGCCGACGAAGACGGCGCAGCGGCAGCCGAUACCCGCGGCGCGGCGCGUGCAAGACUCGGAGCGCGGCGACGACGGCAGCGGCAGCCUGGACCUCCCCGCGCUGCCCAUUGGCAGCUUCGCGGAGCAGACGCGCCUGGGCGAGGCCGACUCGGGCAACGAGGACGACGCGCAGCUGCCCGCCGGCAACGCCCGGCGGCAGCGCCCCUCGGCGAUGGGGCAGGCCGAGGAAGUCGACUUGGCGGAAGACUUUGAAAACAAGAUGUCGUGGCGCGCGGGGCCUGCGAUUCCAGUGCCCGGGACGCACUUCCAGGACUUCAAGGGCGACGACAUGCUCGCGAUCUUCAGCACGUCGAUGGCCAGCGAGGAGGGUCUCGGCGCGCGCGGCGCGUCCCCGGGGUCGUCCUUCCUGCCGCCCAGCAGAGUGCAGCAGGCGAGCAGGCCGGGACGGCCCCGGCGCGGCGCGAGCGGGAAGGCGCCGCAGUGA